AUGUUUUUGUUUAAAAUUCUCAUGGUUUCAUUUAUAUUCAGACACUGUUUAGGACAAAAAUUAGAUUCAACCAACAAGGAAACAAGCCAUAUUGAGGCUCUUGUAUUGACAACUCAAGCUGAUGCCGAAUUUAAUGUUACCUACACAAAGCAGACUAUACCGAAUGAUAUAUUCCAAUUCCAGUACACAUAUGAAGUAUUGGACAAGGUAAAAGCAGUUAGGCUGUAUUCGAAUAGUCUCAGUGCUGAAGAAGAGUUCCCGGUGAUGUUCGUCAUUCGAGAAGAAAGAAGUGUGAUGUCAUGGCAAAUUCCACUGAUACUACAUAACCAGUACAAAUACCGAGAAGCAAGCCGAACAUUAUGCCCAGAGGACAUGGGUAAGAAGCUGCCAUACAAUCGGACAUUUACCGUGGCUGUAUCAUCCCAGUCCAGCAUGCCUGUCAACUUUACAUUGAAAGCAGAAGUUGUGGAGGAUUUUGUCAUACAACAUACCAAAACCAUGACCAGCUCCCCAUCGAGCCCUGUGUUCUUCAUGUACAAGUUUCCAGACAAAAUUGACUCAGUGCUUAUUCGAGCCAGUUCCCAAGAUAAGAAGUGUGCUAUCCUCUCCAUUCAAACUCCACAGUGUCCUAUAUUUGAUCUUGACACUGAUGUUGAGUACCAGGGAAAAUACCAAACAAUGACCACCCAAGGAGCUAUCACAGUUAACAAGGAAGUCUACACCAUGGGUAAAUUGAUUAUAGUAAUAGCUGUGAAGCCAAAUGAUGAUGAUUGCAGCACUGGAGGAAUGACUGAGAUUCAGCCGGCUGGGCUUAUCAGUAAUAGACAAAAAAACAUCACCAUUUCUAUUACUGAAACUAUUCCAAAAUCGCAGUAUUAUAAGGCCAUACUUGCAGCGCUAGGCGUAUUUCUGUUUUUUUACCUGGUUGCACUCAUCAUUGGCAUUUACUACCAUGGAUGUAAAGAAAAAUGGGGAUACGUCACAGAUCAAGUUUUUGAAAGGUCUAUGUCACUUCAUGGCCAAAAUGAUGAAGAUGAGGUUUCAAGACCAUUGACUGAAGAAUCGUCCAGAAAAUCAGGCUAUGGGGCAAUAAAUGAUGAUACUAUUGAAGAGCCCGACAAUUUAGAUGACAAUGAUUCAGUGGAUUCUUCAGACUUUGACAAAGUGGAUGAUGCAAAUCAUGAUAAGAAUAUAUUGCGAACAAAAACUCGUUUGUUUGUUCACGACUUAGCAAGAAAGAGUGAAAAGAAAGUCGACAAAAAUUACAAACUAUAUGCAAAGAACUUGUUCACUAUUGCCAUAUUUUAUGGAUUGCCUGUUAUACAACUUGUUAUGACAUAUCAGAAGGUGCUGAAUUUCACUGGAAACCAGGAUAUUUGCUAUUACAAUUUUGCCUGUGCCCAUCCUUUAGGACGUGUGAGCUCUUUCAACAACAUAUUCAGUAACAUAGGCUAUGUUAUGUUGGGAAUUCUUUUUGUCAUACUUGUAAAAAGGAGGGAAUAUUUGCACAUGCAAGCAUUGCAAAACAGCCAAGGUCGGAAUGAUUCAUUUGGGAUUCCUCAACAUUUUGGACUGUUCUAUGCAAUGGGGAUGGCACUGUGUAUGGAAGGUGUUAUGAGCGCUUGUUACCAUGUAUGUCCCACUGUGUCAAACUUUCAGUUUGAUACAUCGUUUAUGUACAUAAUGGCUGUUCUUUGCAUACUCAAGAUCUACCAAAACCGACACACAGACAUCAGCGCCAAGGCUCACUCUUCCUAUCUAGUCAUGGCUGUCAUUAUAAUAGUUGCAGUGGUUGGAGUGGUGUAUGGAACCAAUAUUUUUUGGAUAGUGUUUGCAGUUUUCUACAUGCUGGCUUCUUUGUUUCUGAGCAUCCAUCUUUACUAUAUGGGUCAAUGGCAAUUAGAUAGAUAUAUUUUCAAGCGUCUAUGGCUUCUACUGAUCUCAGACUGGAUUAAAUGCCGUAGGCCCGUUCACACGAAUCGACUAAUUCUAUUGUUGAUCGGAAACGUAGUCAACUGGGCAAUAGCCAUAUAUGGAGUGUGUCGGAGUCAAAGAGGAGACUUUGCGAGCUAUUUGCUUGGUAUAUUCAUUGGAAAUCUUUUGCUAUAUACUUCAUUGUAUAUAGUUUCGAAGAUUUGGGCGAAAGAAAAAAUUGCCAAAUUAACGAUUGUGCUCAUUGUUUUGUCAAUGGUUACUUGGACAUUUGCGCUGUAUUUCUUUCUUGCUCAUUUGACAUCAUGGCAGUUGUCACCAGCCGGGUCUCGGGAGGGAAAUCGAGAAUGCGUGCUGCUGCAGUUCUAUGACAAACACGAUAUUUGGCAUUUCCUCUCAGCGAUAAGUCUAUUCUUCUCGUUUUUGGUGAUUUUGACGUUAGAUGAUGAAAUCAUUCUUCAAAGAAGAGACCAGAUUCCAGUAUUCUAAGAGAGCGCUUAUGCACAAAACUGUCAUUAUUCAAAUUUUGUUAUUGUCGAAACAAGAUGUUUGGUAGACCAGAAAAGAGAAAACUGUGGCGAAAAUUGAAUAACUUUCCUCCAGAGUGUUUUAAAGAAAAUAUGAGAUUCAGUUUUAGAGACUAUUGCAAGUUCAACCGUUGUUUGCAAUUUGUAUGAAAUUCAUUGAAAGUAAGGGCGUAUUUCUGUUUGCUUAUACCUCUUCUAUUUGGCACAUUUCAAUUUAUAUCUUUUUCCUGUGAUGUAAUUCUUAAAAAUAAAUAGUGUGAUGCAAAACUUACUUUAAUUUAUAUCCUCUUUAAAAAUAGAUAUUAUGACCUGUCAAAGCGGGUUUCCCUGCACAGGAGUGGGUAUCUUCUUUAAUCAAUUGGCUUUGAACUGGAAAUGUAGGGUUGUCAAUGACAUACAUGUGAAACGCUAGAAAUUGAUUUUUUCCAAUCUGAAGUAUUGCCUGAUUACAUUGAAACUGACAUUGAUAAAGCUAGUUAAAACCUGCCCUAUAUCGCUAUUAAAUGUCGAAAGUUAUUUCGAGAGUAGUACUCUU